GUCAAAGGUCACAGAAACUCAGAGUCAUUGACCUGACUGUAUUGACAGAGUCUGAGCCAGCCAAUCAGAGGAGAGGACACUGAGCCUCUCUGUCUGCUGCUGCUGCUUCUUCUUCUUCUCCUUCUUCUUCUUCUACUCCACGAUGCACAGCAAAGGAAACUCCUGCUGCUGUUCCUUCGAGGACUACAAACUGACCACCGAGUGGCUGCUGAACCAGACCCACCACCGACCUAAGGUUGCUGUCAUCUGUGGUUUGGGACUUGGCCUGCUGGCUGACAGAGCUGCCAACAAACAGAUCUUCAGGUACCAGGACAUCCCCAACUUCCCCGUCAGCACAGUCCAAGGUCAUGAAGGCUGCCUGGUGUUUGGGACCAUUGAGGACACUCCGUGUGUCUUCAUGCAGGGACACUUUCACCUGUAUGAAGGUUACUCCCUCUGUCAGGUGACGUUCCCUGUGCGGAUCUUUAAGCUGAUGGGGGUGGAGUCUGUCCUGGUGACCAAUGCCUCUGGAGGAAUCUGCCCUGACUUUAAGGUCGGAGACAUCAUGAUCAUCAAAGACCACAUCAACCUGCCAGGAUUCGCUGGACAACAUCCACUGUGUGGACCCAACGAUGAGAGGUUUGGUAUCCGUUUUCCCUGCAUGUCCGACGCCUACAGUAAGGUUCUCAGAGGUUUGACCAUGGAAGUCGGAGCUGAGCUCGGCUGUAGCGACUUCAUCAGAGAAGGAGUUUACUGUAUGGUGAGCGGACCGAACUUUGAAACCAUCGCUGAGGCCCGAAUGCUGCUGAUCCUGGGCUGCGACUCUGUGGGUAUGAGUACAGUUCCUGAAGUGACGGUGGCCAAACACUGUGGACUCAGAGUUCUGGGUCUGUCACUGAUCACCAACAAGGUGUCUCUGGACUACAGUCGGGAGGAGAAAGUGAACCAUGAGGAGGUUCUGGAGAUCAGCAAGAUGAGGGCGGAGGUUCUGCAGAAACUCGUCACCACACUGAUCACUCGCUGCCAGCAGCAGAGCAUCAACACACACUAAUGGCAUCAACACACAAGAGCAGCAGUAUGAAUGUUUUACUCAUCCCAGGUUGAGCAUGCCUGUACUAACACACUGAGGACUGUAUCUCUCAUUCACCGUAACACGUCUUCUGUUCGACCAGCUUGGUUUACCUGGGUGGUGACAUCAGAGCCGAAACCAGGAGACACAUGAACACAUUGCCACGUCACCAUGGAAACAUGCGACUGUAAACACACUGUAGUCAGUCAGCUGUAACUGUUGUUUUCUGGAGUUUUCUGCUGCAGUCACAAUAAAAUUGCUGCAAAUGAAGAAA